UUGGACUAUCCAGAUCUUAGAUGAGUUUUGCAAUGUGAAGUUCUGCAUAGAUGCUAGUCAACCAGAUGUAGGAAGCUGGCUGAAGUACAUCAGGUUCGCUGGCUGUUAUGAUCAGCACAAUCUCGUUGCAUGCCAGAUAAAUGAUCAGAUAUUUUAUAGAGUAGUCACCGACAUCGCACCAGGAGAAGAGCUCCUGCUGUUCAUGAAGAGUGAAGACUAUCCCCAUGAUACUAUGGCACCAGAUAUUCAUGAAGAACGGCAGUAUCGCUGUGAGGACUGUGACCAGAUCUUUGAGUCCAAGGCUGAAAUGGCAGAUCACCAGAAGUUCCCUUGCAGUACUCCUCACUCUGCAUUUUCAAUGGUGGAAGAGGACUUUCAGCAAAAACUUGAAACUGAAAAUGAUCUCAGAGAGAUACAUGCAAUCCAGGAGUGUAAAGAAUGUGACCAAGUUUUUCCUGAUUUGCAAAGCCUGGAGAAACACAUGUUGUCACAUACUGAAGAGAGGGAAUACAAGUGUGAUCAGUGUCCCAAGGCAUUUAACUGGAAGUCCAAUUUAAUUCGCCACCAGAUGUCACAUGACAGUGGAAAGCACUAUGAAUGUGAAAACUGUGCCAAGCAGGUUUUCACGGACCCUAGCAACCUUCAGCGGCACAUUCGUUCUCAGCAUGUUGGUGCCAGGGCCCAUGCUUGCCCGGAGUGUGGCAAAACGUUUGCCACUUCGUCGGGUCUCAAACAACACAAGCACAUCCACAGCAGUGUGAAGCCCUUUAUCUGUGAGGUCUGCCAUAAAUCCUAUACUCAGUUUUCAAACCUUUGUCGUCAUAAGCGCAUGCAUGCUGAUUGCAGAACCCAAAUCAAGUGCAAAGACUGUGGACAAAUGUUCAGCACUACGUCUUCCUUAAAUAAACACAGGAGGUUUUGUGAGGGCAAGAACCAUUUUGCGGCAGGUGGAUUUUUUGGCCAAAGCAUUUCACUUCCUGGAACCCCAGCUAUGGAUAAAACGUCCAUGGUUAAUAUGAGUCAGGCCAACCCGGGCCUUGCUGACUAUUUUGGCGCCAAUAGGCAUCCUGCUGGUCUUACCUUUCCAACAGCUCCUGGAUUUUCUUUUAGCUUCCCUGGUCUGUUUCCUUCCGGCUUGUACCAUAGGCCUCCUUUGAUACCUGCUAGUUCUCCUGUUAAAGGACUAUCAAGUACUGAACAAACAAAUAAAAGUCAAAGUCCCCUCAUGACACAUCCUCAGAUACUGCCAGCUACACAGGAUAUUUUGAAGGCACUAUCUAAACACCCACCUCUAGGGGACAAUAAGCCAGUGGAGCUCCAACCCGAGAGGUCCUCUGAAGAGAGGCCCCUUGAGAAAAUCAGUGACCAGUCAGAGAGUAGUGACCUUGAUGAUGUCAGUACACCAAGUGGCAGUGACCUGGAAACAACCUCGGGCUCUGAUCUGGAAAGUGACAUUGAAAGUGAUAAAGAGAAAUAUAAAGAAAAUGGUAAAAUGUUCAAAGACAAAGUAAGCCCUCUGCAGAAUCUGGCUUCAAUACAUAAUAAGAAAGAAUACAGCAAUCAUUCCAUUUUCUCACCAUCUUUAGAGGAGCAAACUGCGGUGUCAGGAGCUGUGAAUGAUUCUAUAAAGGCUAUUGCUUCUAUUGCUGAAAAAUACUUUGGUUCAACAGGACUGGUGGGGCUGCAAGACAAAAAAGUUGGAGCUUUACCUUACCCUUCCAUGUUUCCCCUCCCAUUUUUUCCAGCAUUCUCUCAAUCAAUGUACCCAUUUCCUGAUAGAGACUUGAGAGCAUUGCCUUUGAAAAUGGAACCCCAAUCACCAAGUGAAGUAAAGAAACUUCAGAAGGGAAGCUCUGAGUCUCCCUUUGACCUCACCACUAAGCGAAAGGAUGAGAAGCCUUUAACUCCAGUGCCCUCCAAGACUUCAACCACGUCUGCCACAAGCCAAGAUCAACCCUUGGAUUUAAGUAUGGGCAGUAGAAGUAGAGCCAGUGGGACAAAACUUACUGAGCCCCGAAAAAACCAUGUGUUUGGGGAAAAGAAAGGAAGCAAUGUUGAACCAAGACCAGCAUCAGAUGGUUCUCUGCAGCAUGCUAGACCAACUCCCUUUUUUAUGGACCCUAUCUACAGAGUAGAGAAAAGAAAAUUAACUGAUCCACUUGAAGCUUUAAAAGAAAAAUACUUGAGACCUUCUCCAGGCUUCUUAUUUCACCCACAAUUACAACUGCCUGAUCAGAGAACUUGGAUGUCAGCUAUAGAGAACAUGGCAGAAAAACUGGAGAGUUUCAGUGCCCUGAAACCUGAGGCCAGUGAACUUCUACAGUCAGUCCCUUCCAUGUUCAACUUCAGAGCCCCUCCCAAUGCCCUGCCAGAGAACCUUCUGAGGAAAGGCAAGGAACGCUAUACUUGCAGAUAUUGUGGCAAGAUUUUUCCAAGGUCUGCGAACCUAACACGGCACUUGAGGACUCACACAGGAGAACAACCUUACAGAUGCAAAUACUGUGACAGAUCAUUUAGUAUAUCUUCCAACUUGCAGCGGCAUGUUCGCAACAUUCACAAUAAAGAGAAACCUUUUAAGUGUCAUUUGUGUGAUAGGUGUUUCGGCCAGCAAACCAAUUUAGACAGACACCUAAAGAAACAUGAGAAUGGGAAUAUGUCUGGUACAGCAACAUCAUCACCUCAUUCUGAACUGGAAAGCACAGGUGCAAUUCUUGAUGAUAAAGAAGAUGCUUAUUUUACAGAAAUUCGAAAUUUUAUUGGAAAUAGCAACCAUGGCAGCCAAUCUCCCAGAAAUACAGAGGAAAGAAUGAAUGGCAGUCACUUUAAGGAUGAAAAAGUUUUGGUGGCCAGUCAAAAUUCUGAUUUAUUGGAUGAUGAAGAAGUAGAAGAUGAAGUGUUAUUAGAUGAGGAGGAUGAAGAAAAUGAUAUUACUGGAAAAACAGGAAAAGAACCUGUGACAAGUAGUUUACAUGAAGGAAACCCUGAGGAUGACUAUGAAGAAACUAGUCCACUGGAGAUGAGUUCCAAGACAUCUCCAGUGAGGUAUAAAGAGGAAGAAUAUAAAACUGGACUUUCUGCUUUAGAUCAUAUAAGGCACUUCACAGAUAGCCUCAAAAUGAGGAAAAUGGAAGAUAACCAAUAUUCUGAAGCUGAGCUGUCUUCUUUUAAUACUUCCCAUGUGCCGGAGGAACUUAAACAGCCGUUACACAGAAAGUCCAAAUCACAGGCAUAUGCUAUGAUGUUGUCAUUGUCCGACAAGGAGUCCCUCCAUUCCACAUCCCAUAGUUCUUCCAACGUGUGGCAUAGUAUGGCAAGGGCUGCAGCAGAAUCCAGUGCCAUCCAGUCUAUAAGCCACGUAUGACGUUCCGAGGUUGACCGGAUUGGGACCAAGUCCAACAUUAGCAUGGCUCUUUCAUGUAGGACUAUUAAAGACUGCUGAGCAGAAUGCCUUAGAAACCUGAAGGGUCACUCAUUUAAAGCCUAGUGACCUUAAACUGAAUGAUUAAAGUAAAAAAAAUAAAGAAAAAAGAAACUAUUUAUUCUCAAUAUUUUGUUUUGCACAGCAAAGGCAGCUGCUGACUUUGGGAGGAUCAAUGCAACUUAGAGUGAUUCAAUGAAAACG